UCAGAGCCCGGCAGACUCCCUACCGGUGGCAGUAGUUGCAAUAGAACUAUGCUGUGGACUUGUUUGUUAUGCUUUCAAUGCUUAUAUUGUGUACAUACUGUAGCUGUGUGCAAGUGUAUUGUUCUGUUGCGACCACUGGCCCGGGUCCACAACAAAAGAUUUGAAACGCGUUAAUCACGUGACUAAAGGUCAUUUGCCUUUCUGAGUUCGCAACUGCUGGUUCUUGAUCAUAGCCUUAGCCAUGACGCUCAAACUCAAGCGGACGAGCCAUUCUCCUUCUCCAUUUUCAUGGGAAGCUCUCAGCCCACCACGCGCGGACUCUCCCAAUGCAACCGAAGCUACCGGUCUACCUCCACCGCCAACAUCAUGGCUCUCUGCCCGCGACAUGAAAAUAUUUGGUGCCCAACCACUACGUGCCGACAUCGGCGUUGUGCGUUGUGCAGACUGCGACAAGCCUAUCUUGCGUAGUGCCAUUUCAGAACACAUCAUCAGGCAACUGUAAUGACAUCCGUUCAGGGAAGAAAUG